AUGAGCACCGAAUUAACUAAUGUACUCAAAAAUCUUGCUGAUCUAAUCAGUAACCAAAGUCAAGAUUUACCUGACACCUUUGAGAAAGCUGUUGACCUCGCUAUCAAAUCAGAAACUGGUUAUAAGACAACAUAUAAUAAUACUCUUGUAACUCCUGCUCAAAGUAUUCCUCAACAUUUUGGAAUACCAUUCUCAGCAGCACCAGUA